AUGGACGCCGAAGCAGACGACAAGAAAACCGAACCUCAAUGGCUUCACAAGGUUCCCGCCACCGCGGAAAUGUUUCUUGCGCGCUUCCUGAAAGGGUUCACAAGUGGAGUCGUCUUGUACGGGGGAGUAAUGGGCGUGUCGGCUCUCAUGCGCAACCCCUUCCGAGAAAGACUUCCCGACAUUCUGAAGCAGAUAUUCUCGAAAGACUGUCUCAGGUUUGCUGGAUUCCUUGGUCUCUAUCCCAGUACAUACGAAUUAGUCAGGGAAAUAUUACAGGAAAGAAGAAAUUCAAAGGACGGCUGGAACAACUGUAUCGCUGGAGGUUUGGCUGGUCUCACUAUAUGUAUAGAAGACCCGGGCAGGAGACUUAUCUACACACUUUUCGCUGUGUCUCGUGCCUUUGGAGCUCUCGUUUCUACCUUGGUGACAAGAGAAAAGAUCCCAGAAAUUCCAUAUAGUGAGACAAUGUUGUUUUCCUUGUGCUGUGGUUUUCUGGUUCAUUGUGUAGCCCUCCGUCCAGACCUUCUCCAGAAAGGCUACUACUACUCAGUGCUCAAGUGGUCACGUGACUACAACGACAAAAUUCUACAGACUCUGUUUAGAGAUUCCGGUGACAGGUUCCUCGGGUGCCAAGAGGCAGGUCUACACCCAGAUUCCUGUACCAAGCACGCCUUCAAAGACAUGAUAUUCAGUAUUCCGUCAUUUGCCAAACUGUACCUACCGAUACAUAUAGCACCUAUUGUUAUUUUCAGAUGGAAAUUAAUCGUCAAAAGACCGAAGUCUAUUCUGAGAUCAUUGCUAAAAAAUGUCGUGUUUUCGACAUCUUUCCUGGCUUCCAUGGUGAUGCUUGCUAAAUACACGAUUUGUCUCCUGAGAAACCUGAGUAAGAAGCCUCCUCCAUUGGCCAGCUAUAUUCCUGUGAUUGGCGGACUUGUAUGUGGACUUAGUGUUCUUUUUGAACGAGCAAAUCGACGGAAAGAAUUGUCCCUGUUUUUGAUUCCUCACACGCUCUACGCGCUAUACACGUGGAUCAAAGGUCACAGAUUGGCAUCUAACAUCGAUGUGCCUUUCGGAUCCGUGCUGCUAUAUGCUGUAUCGAUGAUAUCAGUAAUGCACGCGUACGAGCGCGAACCAGAGUCACUCUCACUCCUCCUGAACGGCCUGCUGCGAUAUUUUGUAGGCGAUAUAAAAAAUCCAGUUGUGCGACCCCCAAAGAGAAUAAGAAAAAUCAGUGACAUUUUUGCAUAA